GUUGCAUUUACAUUUAGCCUAUUCACUUCCAUCCCCCCCCUUGCUGACUUGGCACCCCUACCACCGAAAUCUCCGCAGAAUUGCGGGGUGCGGAUCCAUUAAUUUAUUCUACAUCAGCCGCCGAAAGAAAUCCUAGUACCUCUCCCGCCUUCGAUCUAGCUCGUACAAGCCACAUUUCUAUACCUAAGCCGAAUCUGCACCCUUCCCAUUCAUCCGCAAUGAUCCUCUGUCCCUUUCCAGCCUGACGCUUGAACGACCUCAAAGAAGAAAGCCCGGGUAAAAUAAGUGCUCCUCUGAAUAUCCAUAUUAGCGGUGACAGAAUGUCGAAUAGUUCGCCACGACGAGGGGUAGCCAGCAGACAUAGAUAUAUAUCUUGGACUGGAAUUGAGCAUCCAAAGACUAUCCACAUCAUCAUCCAACCCCAAGGACCUAGUCGCCAAGGUAUCUACCCUCACGAUGAAGUUUACUUUCGCGGCUUUCCUGCUCCCUCUCACCUUUGCCUCUCCAACACCUAAGCUAAACCGCGCUUCUGGUCUCGCCUCCCUCGCCAAACAUGCUGGUCUGAGAUACUUUGGCACCGCCGUCGACUCGCCUGCCCUCUCAAACCCCCAGUACACAUCCAUCGCCUUCAACAAGUCCGAAUUCAACUCCGUAACCCUGGCCAAUGGCCAGAAAUGGAUGUACACGGAGCCCCAGCGCAAUGUCUUCAACUACACGGAUGCCGAUAUAAUUAUCAACUUGGCGGACAAAGCAGGCCAGGCUCACCGUUGCCACAACUUCGUUUGGCACCAGCAGCUCCCCACGUGGCUGACGAGCCAGUCGUGGUCAAAAGCCGAGUUGAUCAGCAUCCUGGAGAACCACAUCAAGAACCAAGCGACGUACUUCCGGGACAAAUGCUACGCCUGGGAUGUCGUUAACGAAGCCUACAAUGACAACGGCACAUACCGCUCCUCCAUCUUCUACGAGACCAUCGGCCCCUCAUAUAUCGAACUGGCAUUCAAGUUUGCGAGGAAGUACACCAAGCCCGGCACAAAACUCUACUACAACGACUACAACAUCGAGACCGUCAACAACAAGUCUCUCGCCGUCCAGGCAAUGGUCAAGGACUUCCAAGCCCGUCACAUCCCCAUCGACGCCGUGGGUCUACAGUCUCACUUCAUCACCGGCAUGUCGCCCUCGUACCAGCAGAUCCGCGAUGCUCAAGCCCUAUUCACGUCCCGUGGCCUCGAGACCGCGAUCACAGAGCUCGACGUGCGCACCACGCUGCCGGACUCCCCGGAGAAACAGGCGACGCAGGCAAAGAAUUACGCAGACAGUGUGAAGGCGUGUGUGGACGAGAAGAGGUGUGUGGGUGUUACGGUGUGGGACUUCUGGGACCCGGCGAGUUGGGUGCCUUCUACGUUCCCAGGGCAGGGCAAUGCGGAUCUGUGGGAUGAGAACUUUCAGAAGAAGCCGGCGUAUUGGGCUAUUGCGGAUAUGUUGAUGGGAUAUAAGGGGUAGUAGAUGGAGUGCUCGGAGAUGAAGGACAAAAAUAGUUGUGAAUUGUAUGCGAAUGCUAUUUUUCGAAAUCGAUUGCUUCGCCUAGUUUUUUACUCAUUGACUGGAAGUUGUAUAUGUCCGGUACUGGCUAUGUUGUAUCAUGUCUUUCGU